GCAGCGCCACCGACAGUUAUUAUUAUUUUUUAACCGAGCAGCACAUUUCCUGGUUCAGUGGCUUGGGCUCUGUGAGCUGCUGACUGGUUGCCUGGGUCUGGCUCGGGAUCAGUUGGUGACGCCGAGACUGGGGUCUGUGACUUCCUUCAGAUUGUCGUGAAGAAGGGGAGUUGAGAGGAAACUAGGGUUCUCAGGAAAGCAAUCGCAGCACUCAGGCAGAUCCAGAGGAAGAGUAGAAGUCACACUUUUCCCCCUGCUUGGUGAAUUUCCCAGCAGGGUCUGGAGCCAGCAGUGCUGCUUUCCCUAAGGGAAUGUAGAACAGCUCAGCUUGAGCCUGCUGCCAGCUUCAGGAAGGGUUCAGAUUUGGGAAAGGGGUUUGAGAAGAAGAUGCUUUGGCUGCCUGAGGUCCUGCUUGUGUUCUUAGAAGUCAGACCCAGGGAGAAAGUGAACUGGGGCAACUGACAAGCUCCGAGGGUCUGGCAGAAGCUUCCUCUGAGACGGGGCAUUUCAUCCUCCCUGGAGGAAGAUCUGCCUGCACUGCAAGUGUCCCCAGGAGGAGCACAUGGUAACAGUGAUGCCGCUGGAGAUGGAGAAGACCAUCAGCAAACUCAUGUUCGACUUCCAGAGGAACUCGACCUCGGAUGAUGACUCAGGCUGCGCCUUGGAAGAGUAUGCCUGGGUCCCACCGGGUCUGAAGCCUGAACAGGUUCAUCAGUACUAUAGCUGUCUCCCAGAAGAGAAAGUCCCUUAUGUCAACAGCCCUGGAGAGAAACUGCGAAUCAAACAGCUACUACACCAGCUGCCACCCCACGACAAUGAGGUUCGAUAUUGCAACUCCCUGGAUGAGGAGGAGAAGAGAGAGCUGAAGUUGUUCAGCAACCAGAGGAAACGUGAAAACUUGGGCCGAGGCAAUGUCAGGCCCUUCCCAGUCACGAUGACAGGAGCUAUUUGUGAACAGUGCGGAGGCCAGAUCAACGGCGGGGACAUCGCUGUGUUUGCAUCGCGCGCCGGCCACGGCGUUUGCUGGCACCCACCGUGCUUUGUGUGCACUGUCUGCAGUGAGCUCCUGGUGGAUCUGAUCUACUUUUACCAAGAUGGGAAGAUAUAUUGUGGCAGGCACCAUGCCGAGUGCCUGAAGCCACGCUGUGCAGCCUGUGAUGAGAUCAUCUUUGCAGACGAAUGCACAGAAGCAGAGGGGCGGCACUGGCACAUGAAACACUUUUGCUGCUUCGAGUGUGAGACAGUGCUGGGUGGCCAGCGCUAUAUCAUGAAGGAGGGAAGGCCCUACUGUUGCCACUGCUUUGAGUCCUUGUAUGCAGAAUAUUGUGACACCUGUGCCCAGCAUAUAGGGAUCGACCAAGGUCAAAUGACCUAUGACGGCCAACAUUGGCAUGCCACUGAGACCUGUUUCUGCUGUGCUCACUGCAAGAAAUCCCUCCUGGGGCGUCCAUUCCUCCCAAAGCAAGGCCAGAUAUUCUGCUCACGGGCCUGCAGUGCUGGGGAGGACCCCAAUGGCUCUGACUCAUCUGAUUCCGCCUUCCAGAAUGCCAGGGCCAAGGAGUCCCGGCGCAGUGCCAAAAUCGGCAAGAACAAGGGCAAGACAGAGGAGCCCAUGCUGAACCAGCACAGCCAGCUGCAAGUGAGUUCCAACCGGCUAUCAGCCGAUGUGGACCCCCUGUCACUGCAGAUGGACCUGCUUAGCCUAUCCAGCCAGACACCCAGCCUCAACCGGGACCCCAUUUGGAGGAGUCGGGAAGAGCCCUACCAUUAUGGGAACAAGAUGGAACAGAACCAGUCCCAGAGUCCUUUGCAGCUCCUCAGCCAGUGCAACAUCAGAACUUCCUACAGUCCUGGUGGACAAGGGGCUGGAACCCAGCCUGACAUGUGGGCCAAGCACUUCAGCAACCCCAAAAGGAGCUCAUCACUGGCCAUGAAGGGGCACGGCGGCAGCUUCAUCAAGGAAUGCCGAGAAGACUAUUACCCAGGAAGGCUGAGGUCUCAGGAGAGCUACAGCGAUAUGUCUAGUCAGAGUUUCAGUGAAACCCGAGGCAGCAUCCCAGUCCCCAAAUAUGAGGAGGAGGAGGAGGAGGAGGAGGAGGAAGGGGGCAUGCCUGCUCAGCAGUGUCGGACCCGUCAUCCAAUCAGUUCCCUGAAAUACACAGAGGACAUGACGCCCACAGAGCAGACCCCUCGGGGUUCCAUGGAAUCGCUGGCCCUGUCUAAUGCAACAGGCCUCUCCGCUGAUGGUGGUGCCAAGCGCCAGGAGCACCUGUCCCGAUUUUCCAUGCCUGACCUCAGCAAAGACUCCGGAAUGAAUGUCUCCGAGAAGCUGAGCAACAUGGGCACCCUUAACUCAUCCAUGCAGUUCAGAAGCGCAGAGUCAGUCCGCAGCCUGCUGUCUGCCCAGCAGUACCAGGAGAUGGAGGGAAACCUCCACCAGCUCAGCAACCCCAUUGGCUACAGAGACCUGCAAUCCCAUGGAAGGAUGCAUCAGAGCUUUGAUUUUGAUGGGGGGAUGGCGGGCAGCAAGCUGCCAGGGCAGGAGGGCGUGAGGAUCCAGCCCAUGAGCGAACGCACCCGGAGAAGAGCGACUUCGCGCGAUGACAACCGUCGCUUCCGACCUCACCGGUCCAGGCGUUCCCGCCGCUCUCGCUCGGACAACGCCCUCCACCUGGCCAGCGAACGCGAGGCCAUCUCUCGGUUAAAAGAAAGGCCCCCCCUGAGAGCCAGGGAAGACUAUGACCAGUUCAUGCGCCAGCGGAGCUUCCAGGAGAGCCUGGGGCACGGGUCCCGGAGGGACCUGUACGGCCAGUGCCCAAGGACUGUGUCGGACCUGGCCUUGCAGAAUGCCUUUGGGGAGCGAUGGGGACCCUACUUCGCCGAGUACGACUGGUGUUCCACCUGCUCCUCCUCUUCAGAGUCUGACAACGAGGGCUAUUUCCUAGGAGAACCAAUCCCCCAGCCAGCCCGCCUGCGAUACGUCACAAGCGAUGAGUUGCUGCACAAAUACAGCUCCUACGGCCUCCCCAAAUCUUCCACGUUAGGUGGCAGAGGACAGUUGCACAGCAGGAAAAGACAAAAGAGCAAAAACUGUAUCAUUUCUUAAUAUGAUUGGGAUCAGGGAAUGGGGGAAGAUGGGAGCUAAGAAUGUAAAUUCAGGAACUUGCACUGUUUAAAUGUUAAUGCGCUUUUGGGGGUGGUCAAGGGGAGAAAAGGGAAAAUGCUCUCCAUGAAUGGAGAAGAAGUUACAGAUUGACUCAAUAGGUAGUCACAGUUCUUGGCAUGUUGAAUAUUAUUUGCACAUUUCACUUUGGAAACACAAUAGACUCUCUUGAGGCCAGGGUUGGUCACCUCCUUCCCAUCAGUUCUGUGUUGAGUUGCUGCUCACAAGAUGGCAGAUUGUUUCCCGCUCGCUUAUAUCCUCUCUGGUUCUCUUACUUAUAGGACCCUUUUUUCAGUAAGUAAUUUGUUUAUUAGCCAGAACCCAAGACUAAGUUAUUUACAUGUCCAUUGUAAAUGCAAUGUAAAUGAGAGUUCUGAUAAAAUAUUUUUGUAUUUUGUAAUAUCAAAGGAAUUUCUAUAUCGUAGGACUCAGUGGGGAUUUGCAUGCAUAGCCACCAUUGUCUUUGAGUAGUAUUACAAGGUGGCCCAGCACCACCUUUUUUUUUCUAUACAAAUUUGUUACAUGUCAGUGAGACCUUUUUCAAAGGAAUAUAUUCAAUUUGGCUUUUUGUGGCUGAAAAAAAAACAAACUAUUCUACCCGAAGUAUUUUAUGCUCCAUUCCAUCUUAAGGAGCCAUUCUUAAGUCUGCUUCCACCCUCCGUAGAAUUUAUUCUCUACAAAGUGGUAGUAAUUUUUUUUUUUUGAAAUUGCAAAUGUAACUUUCGCCAAUUAGAGAAACCAACCAGUGUCAGUAAAGUUCCGUGAGAAAUGCCAUCCCUGCUGGGAACAUUGAAGUUACUUAAUGUUGAUCUAUCCCUUGGGGAAAGUAAAAGUGACUGUGAGUGGUGCUGUUGUGUGAUGUCAGCAUGACGUUGUUUUGAAUGUGGCAUUAUGUUCUGGUGCUCAUGUUUCCUGGAUUGUAUUAUCUGCUUUCCUUUACCAAGGCAGACGGAACUGCUGCCUUAGCCUGACAACCGGUUGUCCUCAAAGCAAAUGAACUUAAUUAAGCAUUUGGAAUUGAGGGAUGGAAAGAUUCUGAGGGGGCUCUGGGAGAGAUGGUGUGUUGCAUGUCAUACAUGGAGAAGGAACAAGGCAAUUUAAAAGCUGAAAGCAGAUCAAGGGUAGAAGUUGAAGGAGAAUCUGAAGGAAGGCCAGGGAAAAGAAGAACUUCUGGAAAUGAAAUAGAGGAGAAGUGACAACCACCUUGAAUAGCUCCCAGUGCUUGUAGAAAGAAUCCAGUUUGACAAGCUCAGUAACCAGAGUAUCUGGGUUACCCGGGAAGGUUGAGGAGAUUUCAGUGAUGUAAUGACCUUAAAAAACAGACUUUGUUGAUAGAAGGAUUUCCAUUUUGAACUUUGAGGACUGUUGGUCAGACAGAAAAUGGGCUCAAAAGUGAGUUUGCUUAAUGAAGACAUUUAACGGUUGUGCUGUUUAUAGUAAAAUAAAACUUCCUACCUUGCUUCAGUUAAAAAAUGAAGCUCUUGGUUUUUCUUCCACUCUCCUCCUCCCCAUAAUGGAUUGUGGCAGUUGAAAUAAUCCAUCGGAGGACUCGCCUUUAGUGAGAUGUACUGUCAAUGUAGUAACCAGUGUGUCUCAGUGGCCAUCUGCCAUGGUGAGGUGGGCGUGGUCUCUUUUCAGUAUAGUAGUUAACAUUUUCUAGUACUUUUUAUGGAGAGAACGGAAAAGAUGGCUUUUCAGACACCAUCCCAAGUGGGUCUGAGGAAAGGAAGGCUGUAAAGGACAUGGUAAUGGCACUCCAUUCAGGAUGUAUUAAAAUAAUUUGCUUUUCAGGUAUUAAUAUGACAUUUGUCAUUGUCACUGAUUUUUAAAAAAAAGCAAUGCAAAUGUUGGUUGUGGCUGUUUUCCGCAUGCUAUCUUCAUAUCUAAAUGCUUCAUUAAUUAUCCGAACCUCCGGAAAAUUAACUCUAUUACGUUUGUAUAGUAAGUUUGUAAACUGCUUGGCAAACUGAUUAAGAAAUAAUGUACAACACCAUGCUACUAAAGUGGCAGGUUUCUGGUAGAAAUUGGGUGAGUCCAAUUUGGAGUUUUGAGUUCCUUGAUUGAUGAAAAUAAAAAGGCAUUUUUGGAAAAAGAAAAGAGAGGGGGAAAGUAGAUCACUUAUCUUAGCAAACAGUUGGAAAUAUGCCUGUCCCCUGUGGCCCCAAAUCCAAUGAAAGAAAUUCUCCCAGUAAAAAUUGCUUUCUAACUCUGUUCUUCUACCUCUUACAUUUCCCAAAUGAUGCUUUAACCACCAUCAGCAGAAAAGGGCAGCCUAGAGACUGACACAUAACCAGUAUCCAAAGGGGUCUGGAGAAAUAAGUACGUUCAGGUCUAGCUGCCCAGAGAACAUCCAGAAACUGAACUGGUCAGAGCUUGAGACAUAAUGAGAUACAAGUCUCAGGGUCAAACUGUCUACUAGCAAGAUCACCUCCAUCUAUUUUACCACUGCAGAACUCUUCUCCCUACGCCAAAUGCAGCCAGGCACCUUACAAAGAAUGCUGAAGGAGGAAGACCAGUUCCUUACAAUAAUGGCAGAACCUCCAACAAAUGCCCUAUUGAGCCCAGAACAUCAUUGAAUUGGGAGUUCCACCCGUUAGUGAUAACUUACACAUAACACCUCAGAAUCCCACUCUCAAAAAUUCAAUGCAUUCUUUCCUGAGGUAAGAGCUUAAGGUCUUCAUCUGAUUCUUCCAUCAUAACUAGGGGCUCUUGUUGGUCAAGUUCUUUCUGUGAGUGGGGCCUGUACUCACUUCUUUUUAGAUCAUAAUUUCAUUUUCAUCAGACUGGUUUUCAGAAGAAUAAUCUUUUCUAGUGUUCUCUCUUCUUUAAUGCCUUGAUUGUUUGUUUUCUACCUCUCCUAAUAUUGGUCUUGUCUUUUGGUUAUAACCACAACCUUGGAGUUCAGGUCAUUUCCUAUUGUUGCUCAAUUCAGGGCAACAUAGCUAGCUCCUUCCCAGCCCAAGAAGUGUAAGUUAUUGACAAUUUCCUGACUGGCCCUGCCAAUACAUACCACCCUUGGCACUAUAAAAGUCUUCUUAGCAGUCUGGUGGCAUUGAGAAUGGCAUUUGGGGCCCUUUCCUUCUGUCAUUUAGUUCUGAGAUCUCUUCUUAGUGUGAAGGGGAAUUGGGGGGCCGAGGCGAUCAGAACAUGCUUCCUGGUUUAUCAUGGGUCCAAGAGAGAAGACCUGGUGUUGGUUGUUUAACACCUUCUUCACCUUUUAUUCUGUAGUCCUUUUGUACUCCCAACCAGCUGAACAAACAAGCAAUUUUAUGUUUCUAAUAUGGUACCUAGAGGCCAUGCUUUCUAAUCCUUUUUUCCCAUAGGAUGCUCCUGCACUGUAACAAGAUUAUUUUUUUCUUCUCUUUCCACAACAGUUUUCUGCUUCUUGGGUACUACUAGCGAUUGUUGGGUUUAAGUGGGCCAGUGAUGGCAUAUAUAUAGCACAUGCUCUAAACUCCCUUCAACCUGAGCAGAUAUGACCAAUGUAUCACCAUAUGCUUUCCCAGAGAAUGUAGAUGUAGCCUCAGAAACCUUUGUAACACUCCAACCAGUCAGGACCAGUUGAUCAGAACUGGUCUUAUUUGUCUGAUAACAGAUCUUAUUUGUGAACUGAUUAUUAUCUGUCUUUCCACCCUUGGCUCUCUUGCCAUGGAAUAAAAACAGUACAUGAGACAUUUAGGAAGCAUAAUUAAUAAAUCAUUUGGAGACUUCAAUUCCUUUGCAGAUCAUGGAGGCUAGAGGAAGCUGACAUCGUAGGCUAAAGGCCGACAAGUUUCUUUAGCCUCCUUUGCCAUUUUCAUGUUAUUUGCCAAUUAUUAUAGCAGGCAGUCUUCUGUUUGUUUUGCAGAGGUCAGACAAGAUUCCAUCUUAUUCUUCAUCUAGUUCUACCUUUGGACCAAAAAAAUAACACAAAUAUUUAAAUUCCAAGAAGUGCUCUUUGUAUAUUUCUAACAAAAACCAUAUGCUAACACCUAAGAAGGAGGAUCCAUCUAUGACAAAGGGAAGUGAAAAAUUGAACCGGUUGUCUGCAUACUUCAUGCCAGAAGAGUGGCUAUUAGCAACUGUUUAGCACCUUCAGGGCUUUGACAUGGGCUCUGCAGACAGCAUCCAUAUGCAGGACUCAGUAGCCAAGCCUCCACUGCCAAUUUUUGAAGGCAGUUUCAGAGUGCCACCUUUUGAGGUACAUUUCUUUAAGCACAAGUGAAGUGGAAAUGAAGGGACCUUUGCCUUGUCUCCAGUGGUUUGUCCCUCUGGGGCUUCAGCAGACACCAGAGCUUGUGUGUAUGCCCAUUUGGAAGUAGUCAUCACGGUUAAGAUCAUGAAAGGAUUGGAUUCUUUUUCCAUUUUUCUCAUAAUAGUAGCCCAGUCAACACAAGACUCCCAUAAAACAUGACUCACUGUUGAGAACUGUACUAUUUUAUAAGCUUACUUCCUGCUGGCAGAACUAGCUUUCCUCAAGGGCAUAAAAAGGAGGAGGGGAAAGUUACAUAGUGUUAGGAAAACAGGAAAACAUCUCUGUGACUUAGAUAUGAUGAAUUCAUUGGAUAGAAAAAAUUAUCUUGUUCUAUCCUGGGAGUUUUCUAAGAUAUCUCUUCACCCUGCUUAGCAUUUGGCCAUUGAUGUUCAGCAGGUCACUGACCAAGCUUUUCUGAAUUUUUCAGCGUUUCUUACCAGUAAGGUCUGUUCUCAAACCUACCUAGUUGAUUUUCAUGUUUUUCCAUAAAUUGUUAUGACCCCGUCCUGAACCUGACUUAACAUUCUAAGGUCUAUGAAUCUCCCUUUUUUUUUUUCUUUCCUUCUUUUUUUUUUAGCAAAUUAGGACUUCAGCAGGUUUUCCUCUUUGAAACUCUUUUUUGUUUUGUUUUGUUUUUGUUUGUUUUUUGCUGCACAGGAUUGCUUUGCCCAUCUUCUGCUUUAAUUUCAAGUGCAUAAACAAAACCUCAAAGGGCCUGAGAAGGUGAGGCAGGCCAGAGUCUAUGUUAUAUGUUGAGUGUCAAGCUAUUUGUUAAGAAGGUCUGCAACAGGCCUUUGGUGUGGGCUCUGCCAGAGACUGUUCUGAACACUUUGCUUGAGAUCCGUGCCCUGUAAAAUGGAUAUGAUGUUUUACUGAUGUCUGUAAUACAUUUGUAAACUUCCAAUAAAAUUUGAAUAAAAGAAAUGUU